AUGCCCGCCGGCAGCAACGAGCCCGAUGGGAUCCUCAGCUACCAGAGACCUGAUGAAGAGGCGGUGGUUGACCAGGGGGGAACAAGCAAUGUUGUCAAUAUUCACUAUGAGAAGGAGGAGCUGGAAGGCCACCGGACCCUGUACGUGGGUGUGCAGAUGCCCCUGGUGAGGCAGAGCCACCGGCACCACCGGCCCCGCAGCCAGAAGCAUCGGAAACGGGAGCGGGCCAAGGGGGCGGCCCCUGAGGACCAGGGCUACCACUACACCCCAUCCCAGCGGGUGCAGUUCAUCCUCAGCACCGAGGAGGAUGAGCAGCACGUCCCCCAUGACUUAUUCACCGAGCUGGACGAGAUCUGCGUGAAGGAGCGUGAAGAUGCAGAGUGGAAGGAAACGGCAAGGUGGCUGAAGUUUGAGGAGGACGUGGAAGACGGCGGUGAGCGCUGGAGCAAGCCCUACGUGGCCACACUCUCUUUGCACAGCCUGUUUGAGCUGAGGAACUGCAUCAUCAAAGGCACAGUGCUGCUGGACAUGUGCGCCAACAGCACCGAGGAGAUUGCAGAUAUGAUCCUGGACCAGCAAAACCAGUCCAGUGAAUUUGACGAGAGCAUGCGGGAGAAAGUCCGAGAAGUCCUCCUGAAGAAGCAUCACCAUCAGAACGAGAAGAAGAGAAACAACCUCCUCCCCAUCGUCCUGUCUUUCUUUUUCCUGCCAGCCCAAACACUCACCCCCCAUACUCCUCCCACCACCAUAGAAGCUAAAAACGGGGUGAACCAUGACACCAGCCCAAUGGAUUUAAGCAAGGCUGAGCUGCACUUCAUGAAGAAAAUUCCUAUUGGGGCUGAAGCAGCAAACGUGCUCGUAGGAGAGCUGGAUUUCCUUCACCAGCCCAUCAUGGCAUUUGCCCGCCUGACCCCGGCGGUCCUCCUCUCAGGCAUGACAGAAGUUCCCAUCCCAACCAGGUUCCUGUUUAUUUUGCUGGGACCAGAAGGAAAAGCCCAUCAGUACCACGAGAUUGGCAGGUCCAUGGCUACUCUCAUGACGGAUGAGGUUUUCCAUGAUGUUGCCUAUAAAGCCAAGAACCGGGCAGACCUCGUGGCUGGCAUCGACGAGUUCCUGGAUCAGGUCACGGUCUUGCCGCCUGGAGAGUGGGAUCCAUCGAUCCGAAUCGAGCCCCCCAAAAAUCUCCCUUCACAGAAAAAAAGGAAGACACCGGGAGUUCUUGAUGACAACGCUUCUCACAGAAAGCCAGAAAAGCACAGUGGCCCUGAACUAGAGCGAACGGGAAGGCUCUUUGGAGGUCUGAUCCUGGAUGUGAAGCGAAAAGUCCCAUGGUUCUGGAGCGACUUUCGGGAUGCUCUGAGCCUGCAGUGUCUGGCGUCCUUCCUCUUCCUCUACUGUGCCUGCAUGUCCCCCGUCAUCACCUUCGGGGGGCUGCUGGGGGAGGCGACCAAAGGCCACAUAAGUGCCAUGGAGUCGUUACUGGGCGCAUCCAUGACUGGUGUGGUCUAUUCCCUCUUUGCCGGCCAACCUCUCACCAUCCUUGGCAGCACCGGCCCCGUCCUCGUGUUUGAGAAGAUCCUCUACAAGUUCUGCAAGGACUAUGCGCUCUCCUACCUCUCCCUGAGGGCGUGCAUAGGGCUGUGGACCGCCUUCCUCUGCGUGGUGCUGGUGGCCACGGAUGCCAGCUGCUUGGUGUGCUACAUCACCCGCUUCACCGAAGAAGCCUUCGCUGCCCUCAUCUGCAUCAUCUUCAUCUACGAGGCUCUGGAGAAGCUGAUCUGCCUGGGAGAGACCUACCCUGUGCACAUGCACAGCAAGCUUGACUUCCUCACCAUCUACUACUGUAAGUGCGAGGCACCGACCCAUCCCAGCAACGAGACCCUGCACUUUUGGGAGAGCAACAAGAUCAACGUGUCUGCCAUCGCCUGGGAAAACCUCACGGUGACUGAAUGUCGGCAUUUGCAUGGAGAAUUUCAAGGACCCGCCUGUGGACACAAUGGCCCCUACACACCCAAUGUCCUCUUCUGGUCCUGCAUCCUCUUCUUCUCCACCUUUGUCCUAUCAAGCUCCUUGAAGAUGUUUAAAACCAGCCGCUAUUUCCCAACCAGAGUACGGUCCACCAUAAGCGACUUUGCAGUUUUCCUCACCAUCGUUGUCAUGGUGCUCAUUGACUUCCUGAUUGGGAUCCCCUCACCGAAGCUCCAUGUCCCCCAUAUGUUCAAGCCCACCAGAGAUGACCGUGGGUGGCUCAUCAGCCCCAUAGGACCCAACCCUUGGUGGACCGUGCUGGCUGCGCUCAUCCCAGCCCUGCUCUGCACCAUCUUGAUCUUCAUGGACCAGCAGAUCACCGCUGUUAUUGUGAACAGGAAGGAGCACAGGCUGAAGAAAGGAUGCGGGUACCACCUGGACCUUUUCAUGGUGGCCGUGAUGCUCGGGGUGUGCUCUGUCAUGGGUCUGCCGUGGUUUGUGGCUGCGACCGUCCUGUCCAUCACCCACGUGAAUAGCCUCAAACUUGAGUCUGGCUGCUCAGCUCCGGGAGAACAACCCAGGUUUUUGGGGAUACGAGAGCAGAGAGUCACUGGCUUGAUGAUCUUUGUGCUCAUGGGCUGCUCCGUCUUCUUGACCACUGUAUUAAAGUUUAUACCAAUGCCUGUGCUGUAUGGCGUUUUUCUCUACAUGGGUGUAUCAUCGCUCAGAGGAAUCCAGUUCUUCGAUCGCUUGAAGCUGUUCGGGAUGCCUGCGAAACACCAGCCAGACUUCAUCUACCUGCGGCACGUGCCCUUGCGGAAGGUGCAUCUCUUCACCCUGAUCCAGCUGACCUGCCUCGUCCUGCUCUGGGUCAUCAAGGUGUCCCGGGCUGCCAUCGUCUUUCCCAUGAUGGUUUUGGCUCUCGUUUUUGUCCGAAAAGUCAUGGAUUUCUGCUUCUCAAAGCGAGAGCUCAGCUGGCUGGAUGACCUUAUGCCAGAAAGCAAAAAGAAGAAGUUGGAUGAUGCCAAAAAUGAAGCCAAAGAAGAAGAGGAGUCUCAGAAGAUGAUGGAAGCUGCUGCUGCAAAUUCAGUCCAGCUGAACCUGGUGAAGACCAGCUACCUGGAUGUCCCAAAGCAGAACAGUGACAGGACUGACCCUUCUGAGAUUAACAUCUCAGAUGAAAUGUCAAAAACAACCGUAUGGAAGGCUCUUACCAUGAACACAGAAAAACUCUGA